UUGAAAUAACUAACAUUUAUUUAAGUUUUUUUCUCGUCAGUAUAAUUUUACGAAUGUAUUUGUUCUUUAAAUAUUAAUAAUAUUAACUAUGGGUGAUACAUUACCCUUGUUACCUAAUAGAGGAGAAAUAAUUUGCGCAGACGUGCGACCGGUACUUCGGGAAGUUUUUCGUGAUGUCGAAUACUUACCUCCACUUGUCUCAUGCCUGACUGAAAAGGAUGAUGAAUCAGAUUUAAUCGGACAAUGCGAAUGGGUCGACGAAUUUUCAUUGGAGUGUAAAGAAUUGAACGAGAAAGAAAAGAAGUUAAAAAAUAAGUAUGCAGAGCGGUUAUCAAGAGAACCCCUUCCAAAUAUUUACAAAAUGUAUCCAGAAACUGGAAGUGGCGGUCAAGAGUCUUGGACCAUACUUAGAAAGGAUUUGAAGCCAACUAUAGAACAAGAUGCCGCUUGUGACGCAAGGUUAUGGAUAAAGAAUAUACUUAAUAGAAGUUCCGGUGAUUUGACAAAUAAACCCUAUGAGCCGAAUAUACAAAGCAAAACUGUGUUACUUCCGGUUGAGAACUCGACGAUACAAUCGUACAGUAUCGGGGAAGCAGUUCCACCUCCACCUCCACUACCCCCGAAGCUAAUACUGCAACCUCCAUUACCAGAGUACAUGAUUUGCGUACCUCCAAGAAUUGAAUUUGUCAACUUCACUUUAGGAAAUGUGCAUACGGAAUCAGUCCGUCUCAUAAAUAUAUCCAAGUUUGAGUUACGUCUAUCCGUGUCGCCUCCAAAACGUCGUGAACUAGAUAUAGAACUUUGUUCUCGUCUGGUGGUAACUUCCGGUUCAGCUGCGGAAUUUAAAAUACAUUAUCGUCCAGUUGAUGUGCUGUCCGUCACCGACGAUCUGCUAGUGAGAGUUUCUUCUGGGAAAUCCUUGAAGAUUCCAAUCGCUUGUUAUAUGCAACCACCAAUACUUGAAAUACUUGUACCAAACUUGACAUCAAUUCAUAUGGAGUCCAUGAAGACGGUAAAAAUAACACGUGAUGUACUAGAUCUAGGGUCGAGGCUUUUAGGAGAUGUUCAUCGAGCGUCGUUAUUAUUCUUCUGCGCUGAGAAACAUGCUAAUUUCUUUUUGCUACCUGAAGAUGCCUGGCUGAGCUUCUGUGUUGAUAUUGCAGCUAACUCUGGUAAAGGUAAAACAGUUGGAGGUGCUGCUAGUGAUAGCUUCUGGCUCAGCCCGGUUCGAUGGUCAGGAGGCGGGACCACGAGGGCCUUAGCUGUUUGCUAUGCAACGGAGCCGGGUCUACACACCACAGCUUUGAGAAUAAUUUGCUCCACGGCUAUAGUGCGGUCUUUAAAUGUGGUGGCUGAUGCAUUGUGGUUUAGGCCGGAUCACAUUACUUUGGAGGCUCACGAUAAAGACUACGAUAUACGUAGUGAGGAUGAUGAAGCUUGCGAGUAUUACGUGCGUCUCGGGACAGCUUUUCCAAGCCGAUCGUUAUCUGCUACAGUGGAAGUUUUGAAUCACAGUCCAGUAACGUAUCCCUAUUACUGGAGUGUAAGACCAUGGGGAGUUUGUUCCUGUUGGACCUCAUCUCAAACCUCACUGAUCGGAGAAGAUGACCUCUGUGAUGAGGCUAAGUUUAACCGGAGUGAGAUGAAAACAAAAGAUGUUGCCAGUGAAGACGCAAAAGCAGUGAGAGUUGAGUCAGCCCAAGGUCGUCUCUUUCCAAGAUCGGUGACUCAACUCAUGAUCCGAGUGCCUGAUGUUGGUCAAAUACUAGGAAUCCACAGAGCUGUGCUAAUGUUAAUUUUAAAGGAAAUACCAAAAGAAAGUUUUCCAGUGGAUUUUGAUCCUAUGAUUGUGAAAACUGAUAUCGUAAAUGAGGAAGGAAUACCAGGAGUUUGUUCGAGUUGGACACGCGAACUAUGUGAUGUAGUUUGUUGUCAGCUAGAAGUAUGGUGGGAGGUAGUGCCUGUCAGAUUUGUCCUUGAACCGUCUGUGUUAAAGCUUAGGCAUUCAAGAAGAAUCAAAUCAACGGACAUUUGUAUAAAAGCGACACAGUUGUAUGGUGUAAGUGGUGUAAAGGCAAACUGGAACGUCAGUGGUGCGAAAACAAUAAAUUUGCAGCCGGGAGAACCUAUCGCAACUCACUUUAAUUUACAAAUGCAACCGCUACCCAACCACUUUCCCGAUACAGAUGUGAUUCAGUUAAAUGCAGAGAGCAAAGAAUGGAAAUGCUCAGCUUUCAUACAGAGAAAUUACGAUACACGACACCCCUCCUUACGGCCUGCAUUUAAGUGGUUGGGCUUAGUAUCGCCUGGGGCUAAGGUCCAAACUGAGUUAAAAGUGCAUAAUGAUACCCAUCAACAUAUUUGUUGGUGGACAACAUGUGUUCGAUGGUGGGGCGAGCGCCGUGUAGCGAACGUAUGCGCUGGCCGCGAACCAUGUCCACAGUGCUACGAGCGUAGCUGCUCCUGCGCAUUGCUAAGUCCUACGAGAGGAGCGCUUGCGCAUGACCAAUCUGUUGUGCUCAAGUAUAGCGUUAUUGCGCCUGAUACAGAUGGAGUGGUAGCCACGCUGGUACAAGUCCACCGAACAUCUGGUGACGUAUGUAUGGUGCAUACUGUUGCGGGAACAGAGGCAAGGGCCACUCUACUCGCCUAUAGAGUUCUCGCACCACGUGUAGUUAUGCGAGUCAUGCCGUGUCUCGGCGAUAAACAUGGACAUUGUAAAGUAUGUUCAUUAGACGCUGAUCGUCGGAAAGACUGCGCUGUAUUAAGGCCCAGCUUUGCACUAACUGUUGGGUUUAGGAGUUGUUACCGAAUCAAAUGUAGCAACUUAACUCCCCUACCCACUACUGUCAAAUGGCAGAAACCUAUUGAUGGCGAAGAUAAUCUGAGAGUGAUAUUCAUUCCUAACGACUUUGAUCUACAACCUCAUAGUUUUAUCAAUAUACAAGUUGUUUUAGAUCCUCGAAAAGUGAGCCCCCGACGUAUAUACAGCGUACACGCAAAUGUUGGCCACGCCUAUCAACCAGUAUAUCUUCUCAUUGAUACUGCUAUAUCGGGCCUGGAAGUUGUCAUCGAUAUACCACUAGGUGGCGCUGAAAACACGGAUUCGUUUGUAUCUAUGAAAAUAAUGGAGGAAGAAACAUCAAGAGAUAAGAAAAACUUAACACCCAAAGAGUUUUUUGAAGAAGAAGACCGAAAGCGGGCUGAGCGAAAUGAAAACACGUGCCAUUGUCGGUAUAAAAUGAUGUACAUUCCGCCAAUAAAGGAGUCACCGCCUCAAGACAUUGAUGAAGAAUAUCAUUGCGUGGAUAUUAUCACCGAACCCCCAGCGUUAACCCGUAUCUGUCCAUGUACAUACAAGACAAAGCCUGUACUACCUGAGCCUACGGAGACCUAUUGCCUUCAAUUUAGAAGUAUUCCCCUUAAAACUGUUCGAUCUAGGGUGAUUAGAAUUCGAAACGUGUCAUCAAUAUCUGCGAAACUAAUGACUGCCGUCCGUAAAUGGUCAAGAGUGCACAAGAAAACCAUUAACAUAGAUAAAUGGGCAAGCGAUGUUGAAGACCCCGGAAUUGUCAUAGAAUGUGCAGCAUCACAGCGGAUCUUAGCACCAUGUGGUCAAGUGGAUAUCACCGUUAGCGUAUACGCAGACUGCUGGGGCUUGUACCAUGACCAGGUGUUGAUAAAGAUUGAUCACUUAGACCCUUUGGUUUUGGACGUAUGGAUAGAAGUUGUAGGAGCACCUUUGCACUUCCCCUUGCAAGGUCUCAACCAGGAAGAUGACGCACCUGCUGUAUUGUGGUUGUCAUCAUCAGACCCGAAGCGUGCGUUGCAUGUAUCGAACACGUCAAGAUCUAGUGUGAACAUACAUACGUACCUUGUCAACGAACACGAGUACCCUCAAGAUGAGCUACCGUUCCGUCUAUACUUUCGUUUUUACGACGUUCUCCCACGCACGUGUCCUUGUGUCCCUUCAACAGAUUCGGGGUCAUAUAUGGAAGAUUCUGAGAAGGGAAGCAGCUCAGUAUAUGUGGAAAUGGAUACGGAGAUCGAAUUGUUCCUCGCCCGGGAUUACGGCACGCAGGACAAUACUUUUUAUACAGUCGAACCAAAAGAAUUUACAAUUGACGAAAACUCAAGCGCUGCUCCGCUCGUGACGCUGUCAAAUGAUCCUAGCCCCCCGCCAUCUUGUGGGAUUUUGAUGAGAAUACUGCCAAUAGGUAACAGGCGGGGGCCUAACUGGUAUCGCCCGGAGCCUCCACCACUGAUCGUCCGUUUAAUGGCGAUUCCCCGGUCGCCAAAGUUAUUAGUUAUUCCCACGAAAUUGCAAAUUCAGAUCUGCGCUGUGGAUCUACCAGCGAAUGACAUACUCAGAAUUAGAAAACAUAUCCGAGUCUUGAAUACCGGUUCAGGACGUCUUCAGACAUAUGCUGUUACUGAAAAGCCCUGGUCUCUCCGCAUUCCUCAAAAGCAGUGUUUUGCUAAAUGCAUAGGCUCAGGACUGGGGUCACAUACGCUUGAUUUGGACUUAUUCCCUGGUAGUUCUACUGAGGUGGCGGUUGAAGUCGCAAUAGUGACAAAAGAUAUGUGGCCGAAACCAGGAGAAGAAUAUGACUCCUAUAAGCACGAUACUUCUGAACUAAAAUUCUUUGAUGAACAGAACAUCUUUCUAAUGUCUACACCUUUGCACUUGAGCGUAGAAUUUCCGAAGUUACAAGUGGAGCCAAGUAAAAUCGACUUCGGUUAUGUCAUGGACGGAGAUUAUAGGAAAACCUACUUCACGCUCAUGCAAACUAGUUCCACUAUAACGAUGGAAGUGGCUAUAGAAAGUUGUGGGGAUAAAGAGUACCGGAUAUGGCCGCCGAGAUUAACUCUUGCGCCUCGCACGCGAGAACGAGUCUACGUGCAAUUUAUUUCAAGAUGGCAGCUAUGGCCCGCAGAAAGCACUGUGCACAUACGUGCGCUCACUACGGCAGGCGUUUGGUGUAUGACUGUUGUGACACUACACGCGCAGUCCACACUCGAUCGCGCAACGCAUCUACCCGCACACGACUAUACUGAUGAUUCACGCCUGUCUACGCAUUGAUAAAAUAAAUAAUUUUUGAGAGUA